AUCCAAGCCAUGUGGACUAAUCUCAUCCUUUGCGCAUUGAUUUGCGGACUCUUUCUGCCAACCCAUGUAGAUACUCGUAAAAGAAGUCCAACGCGUAAAGAUAUCAAUAUAAAACGCGUAACGAAGAUUGGAUCUUUCGAAAUUAGGCAGGAAAGAUGUCUGUUCACACCCAGUUACGGAACGUGCAAAAAGGCCAUCAAGGUAUUUGGCUAUAACCUUAUGAACAAUCGUUGCCUGGAAUACCUUUAUAGCGGAUGCGGGGGGAACCCUAAUCGCUUUGCCAGCGAACAAGAAUGUCGGGGCGCUUGUUUAGUGGUUUCCAAGAGGACAACCGCUUUGGCAAUAGACUAUUAUGAAUAAUAAAAAAAAAAAACAAAUACAUAAAUAUAAAAAAAAUUACAAUAAUCUAAAUACUACUAACUAAUGUGUACCUAAUAAAAAAACACAAAUUUACACAUUUUAUUUUUAUAACCCUAAACAUUUUUCCAAAAUGUCGAAUGUUGUUCUAGCAUUCUACAUAAGAAAUUAAGCUCCAUAUAUUUGUCGUCAAAAAAUAACUCCAACAUAAUCUUAAUCAAAUCGGUUUUGAGAAAUACUUUAAUGGCAGAACUUAAAAGCAUUAAUAAAUUGUUACAUUUU